CUUUCUUGCUGUAGAAUGCAAAUUCAGGAACUUCUGGCAGUAGUGGAUGAAAUCUUUCUUGUUCUACCUGAACUUGGCUUAGUAUCAACAGAAUCUUUUAUUUCCGACCUCUUUAUCAGCGUUUGAACAGCACUGGCUGGCAUUUUCAAGUAUUGAGAUAUCUUUUUAUAUUCUUCUCCUGCUUUAUAAUGCUCAACUAUCUUAUUACACAGAUCCAUUGGCAGUUCUUUUGUCUUCCUCAUGGUGCAGGAUCCAUGCAUGAGCUGAGACACUAAUUACAAUUACAAUGAGUCACAGGUGUGGAAACUUCCUUUUAAUAGCCAUUUAAACCUCUAUGUGCCAACCUGUGUGUUUAUAAUGUAAACUUUUGAUCAGAGUUGUUUAGGUGAUUUCAGUUAUCAUUAGGCUUUAAGAAGGAGUCACACAACUAUGUUAUAAUUAAUUACUUCAUGUGAUCACUAUCCAUGAAUAAGUAAAAAAUUGCAUUUUCAGUCAUAUUUUCCAAUACACACUUUCAGGAUAUGCAAACUUUUGAUCAUAACUGUAUAUAGGCAUUCAAAGAAAUUAUCAAAAUGUCAUCUCUGUCCAAAUAUUUACAGUAGGGAACUGUCUAUAUGGGCAGCCAAUUGCUAUAUGUUCACAGCAUCCCACGGUUAAAAGUUAGUGGUCAGUAAAUAUAACAUUCAUGCAUAUUUGCUGAUUGGCUUGGGUUCCAGAAACGGUAUUAGGUUAGUAAACUGCCAGUAAAUCAAGAUGUCCUUCUUGUGAAAAUAAGUGAUCCUUGGCCUUUUCUGAGACUAUUCUUAGAUUGCUUAGAAAACCAGAUAAUGAGAUAACCAGAUAAUCUUUCUUUAAAAGCAAAAACAUCCUGACAGCUAGUGAUCAAUUGUGCACCAGCCUGACAGGCCUGGUUUAAAAUUUGUGCUUGGUCACAAAGCAGACAGUUAUGUAUUUAUUCAGGCACUUGUAUUAUAUGUUUUUACUAACAUCUGUAUACUUAAGUCUGCAGCUGGGCUUUUGCAAACAACAUCAAAAAUAUCUCAUGGUGGAGAUGAUGGUCAUUGCUUGGCAACCUGAAUUACUUGUUCUCCAAUCAGUGUCAGUUAAGCUCAGCAGUGUGGUACCUCAUUGGCAUCAAAGCUUCUACAAGACCAAAGUAAUGGCUGUCUGCAAUGCUCAUUAUCUUGGGUACACAAAGACAAGAUUCAGGCUUAAUUACCCAUCUAUUCUGUCUAGCGAAGAUGUAAGCAGCAGUCAGACCAAAGGCACAGCAAAUCACUUAUUUUGGAAAAAAGACUUGCCAAACGUCACACUCAUUUUUACACAAUCACAUUUUCAUUUGUUAGAACACAGACGUUCAAUGCCUCACUCACUGAGCUGUGGGGGAUUUGGAUAAAUUCUAUUUACAUUUGAAAGACCACACAUAUAACAGGAAAUAGGAAACAUCAAUAGUCAACACUGUCUAAUAAAAAGGGCUGUGACCUGUGAAUAAGAAACAUACACUAAUUUGAAUAUGUAUUGACACCUGUUCUGCACACCACUGAAAAGCUAAGAUUUAAUGAAUCAAAUCACUGCCACUGACUAUUAAGAGAACGCUAAGACAGGUGCUUGGGUUGGUUGGGGUGGUGUUUCAGGGUGGUGUGGUGGUGUGGGUGGAGGAGUUUGGUUUUUCGGAAUCAUACAUGAAUUAGGCAAGCAAUUCUGUUAUAAUUACAAGGCUUUUUGAACUUUUGGUCUUGGAAUUAUUCGGGGGAAAAAAUGUAUGCAUUUGAGUGUAUAACUUGCUAACGUGGCUAUACAUAAAGAAAUAAGAGGGCAUCAUUAUUUAACUAGCAUUGUCAUUUAUUAUAUUUAUUAGUUUUUAAACUUAUCGUAUUUACAGUAUUAAACCGUUGUAAUGCUGCGUGCACUGGCGCUCACAGGCGCUCAUUUACGCGCACUGGCGCUCAUUUGCGCGCACCGGCGCUCACUUGCGCGCUGCUCUCGCGCCUUCUAGAUGGAUUUGUACACAGGUUCAAUAGUACGGCGGCUCUGAAGGGUCGAUUAUAGCGUGAUGCUGUCGCGCUGCAGCAGAGAGAUCGCGCUCUGCACACUUACACAGUGCGAGGUGCUGCGGUCCACUUUAUCCAACCGGCAUCAACGAGCAAAUAUGUGACCACUUCAUCUUGGUCAGGGUUUCGUUUCAUCUGGAGCAUAUCCCAGGCACAAGGCAGGAGAAUUCAUCCUGAAUGGGACAACAGUCAACUGCACAUGCAUGAAUGCUACUGGACUCAUCAGAAGAGAAACCCAAGACAGCAUGGGCCCUUCAGACCCAGCUAAUGUCACCAGUGAUAUUCCCAACGAGGAAAGAGAAUAUAUCCAAUGGCACCAGAACAGCCUGGGAAACUACAGCAUGGAUUCUCAUAAGCCUGUCUUUGUGGAUGACAUUACCAAGCACCUAAGUGUUCAGAUAGCCCUUAUAACUGCUUAUUCACUCAUAAUCAUCCUGGGCUUGGUUGGUAAUACACUAGUUAUUUACAUGAUUAUUAUAUACAAAAACAUGCGUACUGUUACCAACUACUUCAUUGCCAACCUUGCAUUAGCUGACCUCAUGGUAGACACCAUGUGCUUACCCUUCACCUUGGCAUACACUCUGUUGGAUGAGUGGAAGUUUGGGGCAGUAAUGUGUCACAUGGUGCCUUACGCCCAAGCUCUCAGUGUCCAUGUGUCUAUUCUGACACUGACGGUGAUUGCGCUAGAGCGCUAUAGGUGCAUUGUGUUUCACAUGGGCCAGCGUCUCUCCAGAUGCGCGAGUUUCCUUAUCAUCAGCCUGACUUGGUCUUUUGCAGCCAUUCUUGCUGGACCUUUAGCUAUUUUUCGGGAGUACCGCUAUGAGGAGAUUGCCUACAUUAACUUACGUAUUGCUGUAUGCUCUGAGAAAUGGCCCCAUGGCACUAACCGAGAUGCCAUCAUCUACAGCUUCUCCAUGCUUGUACUCCAGUAUGUGCUUCCACUUGGCAUCAUCAGCUAUGCUUAUGUGUGCAUCUGGGUCAAACUUAAGAACCAUGUCAGCCCGUCCAACCGCAAUGAUGGCAUCACUCGUCGCAAGAAGACUACUAAGAUGCUGGCACUGGUGGUUGUGGUUUUCGCAGUGUGUUGGCUUCCUUUCCAUGUGUUUCAGUUGGCAAGUGAUCUUGACCUGGUUCUCAAGUUUAAAGAAUACAAACUUCUGUAUACUCUUUUUCACAUAGUGGCUAUGUGCUCAACAUUCACCAAUCCUUUACUCUAUGGAUGGAUGAACAAGAAUUACAGGAAUGGCUUCGUCAUGUUCUUCCGCUGUGAGCACAAACCUGACACUAUCCAUCCAGAGGGUUCUUUCCGAACUCGAACCCUGCGAGGUCUGAUCUUGUACAACGAUGGACAACCUGCCACUGCAGUCUGAACACAGCUAAAACACUUUAAAAGCUGAAGCUUGGUGUGAACAAUAUAUAUAUUUGUUAUGGUAUUUAAAGGUGCAAACAGUUUGCAUGCUGUAUACAGUAUAAAUAUUUACUUUUGAUGAUGCUAUUUUGUAUUCGGUAUCUGUCAAUUAUACAUGUUUUUCGUAAAA